AUGGUUUCUCACCGGUUGCGUAAUAAGAUUUUAAGUUUGGUGGAUAGUAAUGGGGUUAGAUUGGAGGAUCCAGAUGCUAUCAAGACUGAGAUUGUGGACUAUUAUAAAGGCCUUCUUGGCUCUUCUUUUAAGGCUUCUAGUGCCUUAGAUGAGUUGUCUCACGCAGUUACAGCUAGAGUUCCUGAUGAGUGGAUGGAUUUUCUGAUUUCCCCUGUGACUGUGGAUGAAAUUCAGGUAGCUUUGAAAUCUAUUAAAGGGGAUAAAUCCCCAGGGCCAGAUGGCUACAAUUCAUCCUUUUAUCAUCAGAACUGGGAAACUGUUGGACCUGAUCUAAAGGCAGCUAUUAGUCAGUUUUUCAGUCAGGUCCCUUCUACCAUUAAGGAUUAUAGACGUAUCUCUUGUUGUAAUGUGCCCUACAAAUGCAUUACUAAGAUCCUUGAACUUGUGAAGGACUAUCAUAAAGAUCAGGGCCCAGCUAGGUGUGCCAUGAAGCUGGACCUUAUGAAAGCCUAUGAUUCAGUUGCCUGGCCUUUUCUUUUUGACAUCAUGACUGUGAUGGGUUUUCCUGCCAUAUUCAUCAAUUGGGUCAAGAAGUGUGUUACCUCUGCCAUGUUUUCUAUUGUGAUUAAUGGUGAGCUUGUUGGUUAUUUCCCCGGCCAAAGGGGUUUGCAACAAGGCGAUCCUAUCUCCCCCUACCUCUUCUUGCUUGUCAGGGAAGGGUUUUCCUCUCUGCUUCACUACAGAAUUAGUCAAAGUAGAUUUACUUACCAUCCUAGAUGUUCUACCCUGCAGCUUUCCCAAGGGCUUCGUCCUAAUUUGCAAACUUCAUUCCUUUUAGAGCCUCUUAUCACCACAAGGCUCCAUGCUAGUGAUUGUCGGGCCUUAUUGAUAAGAUGCUCAAGAGGUUCCAUUUUCAUCCUACCUCAAAAAGUUCUUAAAGUAAUAGAGGGUGUUCUCAGGGAUUUUUUCUGGUCUGGGACUGUUUUAAAAUCUACUGGUGCUAAGGUUAAAUGGAGGGAUGUCUGUUCUCCUAAAGCAAAAGGAGGGUUGGGGAUAAGGGCGCUUAAGGACUGGAAUAAAGCUGCAAUGUCUCGACAUCUUUGGGCCAUAUCUAAAAAAGCGGACUCUCUGUGGAUACGGUGGAUUCAUUCCUAUGUGAUUAAAGGGCAGUGUCUUUGGCAUAUGUGUACUCCUCCUUAUUCUUCGUGGACCAUCAGGAAGAUUUUUAAGCUGCGAAGCUUGGUUCAACCUUGGAUAAAAUCUGUGGUUGGUGAUGGGCUUGAAACUUUUCCGUGGCUAGACAAUUGGCAUCCCCUUGGGCCUCUGUUUUCUAGAUAUGGGGAGAGGGUUGUCUUUAAUUUGGGAAGGUCUUUGUCUUCUAAAGUGGCCUCUAUUAUCAGUAAUGCUUCUUGGAAUUGGCCCAAACGUAGAAAUGCAGUCACUAAGGAAAUCAUUGAGAACACUCCAACUGCCUUGGUUCCAAAUUCUGGUCAAUCUGAUUCUACAUACUCGACAAUCGACAUCCAUGCCCUAGAACUCGAUCGAUUCCUUCUCUCCCUAGAUCGAUUGAAGGCAGGUUGGGCUAGUCAGCAUAUGACUGGUAAUGGGUUGCAGCAGUCCUUGUACAAAAUGGUGUUGGCUGCUUCUCUUUAUCAUAUAUGGUUGGAAAGGAAUAAUAGAGUUUUUCAAGGCUCUCAGAGGGAUGCUCUUGCUCUUGUAUCUGUGGUGAAGUCUACCAGGAGUUGUUUGAGUCUUUGGAGGAAGGUGAAAAGAAGUUCCAGGAACCAGCGACUAUGUGCUAUAUGGAACAACUCUCAGGCUAUUUUCUCCACUGUUUGA